GACAAGAUCUAAUAUGGUGGCCCUGUAAAUGCAUGGUACACGUUGCGAGGUCCCCUCUGUCCGACUUGCGGCUAUUUAUUUCCUUUAAAAUUGAGUAUACCUCUCCUUUCGUCUCGCGAAUCUUCGCAUAACUUCGACAGUGUCACGAUGGCAGACUCAAGUUUAGACCAGUUCUUCGCUAAGAAAGACAAAAACAAGAAAAAGACUAAAGGGAAAGUGACUUCCGAACAAAUCGCCAAGAAGAUGGCAGAUAGCGGCGAGAGCCGCGAGAGCGCCGAGAAGAGUCUCAAGAAGGAGAAGGAGAAACAGGAGAAUUCGUCGGGAAAGCUGUCUGUCACAAUCCCUUCGCUUGCACAGGGUGAAGAGGAGUGGAAUGACUUCGAGGAGGAGAAAGAAGUAGAUUACAGCGGUCUGCGAAUUCAGGCGCUCACAAUUGCGUAAGUGUGCAAGUCGGCCGGCUUUAGAAUUAGCUAGUCGUCGUUCAUUGGUUUAACCGGCAGCCCAUCGCAU